AGAGAUCCAGCAGCUGGUAGUGAGUUGCUAGAGCGCCGAGCAGGCAGCAGCCGACGGUCAACACAGCGCACACAUUUCCUACUCCAUGUGAGAUAAACUGAGCCGUCUAUCUUGCAGGCGACAGAAAAAUAUGCUGUUCGGACGCCUGACGUGUUACCGCACCGGCCUUUGACUCAUCAUUGUCACCCGGUUUACAUUUUGGAGGAUUCCUCCCUCCAUCCUCCGGAUCGCACCGAACAGGCAAUGACAACGGUCUCAGCAACUCCGCUGCAGAUGAGGGACCGGCUGCUGCAGGCCAUCGACAGUCAGAGCAAUAUAUGCAAUAUGGUGGCUGUACUGGAGGUAAUUUCCUGUCUUGAAAAGUAUCCUAUCACCAAAGAAGCACUUGAGGAAACUCGACUCGGAAAAUUGAUCAAUGAUGUGAGGAAGAAGACAAAGGAUGAAGACCUUGCCAAGCGUGCUAAGAAACUCUUAAGGACCUGGCAAAAGCUGAUUGAACCUGGACCCGCUGUGGCUGCGAGUGCCCCUGGGUCCACCAAUGGCAGUUCUCAUCCCUGCAGAACAGAGGCAUCUCCUCCUGACAUUACUCUGCCAGGGAAGGGUGCCCCUGAAGUCAAAAUCAGAAACGAUGUUCACAACACAUACUCACCAAAAGCGGAGAAAUCAGGCAGCCGCAAACGGCGAGCAGAGCACAGAGACAGUGGAGUGCACUUACCAGAAAAAAUCUCCAAGAUGUCUUCAUGUGAUAAUUCUGUUUCACCACCACCCACCAAUGGGAUUGCAGGCAGUCCUGAUGCCCCGCCUGACCAACAAGUCGUCCCUUCUCCUGACAGAUCUCGGAUAGAGCACCUUGAUAAUGAUAAAAUCAACAGAAUUCCGGUUAACGCUGUCAAGCCUCGCCCCAGCUCCCCAGGAGUGGCCAAACUACCUAGCACUUCCUCUAUGAUCAAGGUUGCUGUGAUGCAACAACAGGCCAGAUUGGAUGAAGGAGGAGGAGGAGGAGGAGGAGGAGGGGGGUAUUAUCAAGCCAAAAGUCCCCGUGGGCUCACUACAAGUCCUAGGAGCAUGAAGCAAGACACAGUGACCAAGCGCUCUUCAGCAUAUGUGCCGAAAGCAACACCUAUCCCAAGCCCUUCAUCUAGGAACUCCCCCUUGUCUUUGCCCCAGCCCAUAUCCUCCCCUGCCCAAGCACUGUACGCUGACAAGCUGCCACAUUCUUCUCAUAGAUCUUCAAUGCACUGGGCUAGUUCAUCAGAAGUCCCCUCUCAUUGCCCACCACAAGACAUAUCUGUAACACUGGAUUCCCCAUCAGUCUCCCUUUCACCUUCUCACCUCCAACACAACUCAGAACUACACAGACCGACAUCCGAGGGAGCCAUAUCUGUGUCAGAUGACACAGAUGGGACGACGGUCCCUAACUCAGAACAUAAAAGGAGGAAGUACAGAUCAAGAGACUACGCUGUCAACUUAGACGGCCAGAAAGUAGAGGACACGACUAAGCCUGUACGGUUAAAAGAGCGCAGACUAACAUUUGACCCUGUCACAGGCCAGAUAAAACCUCUGGUACAUAAAGAACCUUCUCAAACAGAGGAAGCCCCCACUCCUGACCCUGUUGAGUCUAGACAGAGAACUGAAAGCACUGUACAACGGCCCGUUCCAGCUCCAGUUCCAGCUCCAGUUCCAGCUCCAGUUCCAGCUGCAGUUCCAGCUCCCGCCCCAGCCUCAGCCUCAGCCUCAGCCCCAGCCCCAGGUACUGGCCCUAACCCUUUUCAUCAAACGAACUGGAAGGAGCUGUCCAGAAAUGAAAUCAUCCAGUCCUACUUGAACCUUCAGAGCAAUGUGCUCACCUCCUCAGGGGUCCAGGCCCCUAGUGCACACUUUUUCAUGUCAGAGUAUCUGAAAAGGGAAGAACAGGAGAUCAAGGACUCACGGAAGAUACAUGUUCUGCAGACGGACAGCUCAGUAGGGGAUUUACCGGGCUUGAGCCGGGAGGUGACGGACGAGGACCUCGGCAGGAUACAUACACAGCACUGGCCCGGGGUUAACGGUUGUUAUGACACCAAGGGCACCUGGUAUGAUUGGACAGAGUGCAUAUCAUUGGACCCUCACGGGGAUGAAAGCAAAUUGAACAUCCUGCCAUACGUUUGCCUAGACUGAGGGGUUUGGGAAGGUUUCUGUCCUUUUCCACUCCUUUCUUUGUCUCUCCACAGAGACGAGAUACUUUGUGAUUUUGUUUGUCCACUGUGAGUUUGGCAAAAGCCAGGCCUGCUAAACCCCCACCCUGUGCCUCUUUCUCUUUCUGUGAUAAUCUUUUGAGAUUUUGGUAUAAAAGGAGUAAAGAUUAAAAGAAUAGUUGAGUUUGUAAUACCAAGGGCUGUUUCUGUUUUAUUUUUCAAACUGAAAGUCACAGGAAUGAUGAGGCCCUAGUUGCAGAAUGCUGCUACUAACACUGAUGGCAAGAAAGAGAGGACAGAAUUGUCCCAGAUGACCGUAAAUAGAGUUAUGAUGUGAAUUUUUUGAUUUUCUGAAUCCUACCUCUAUUUCAGUCUUACUUGGAUGAUAUUGUUUUCUCUUCAGCCUUCUAUUUUUCUAAUGAGGAAUUACAAUCUAGGGUUAAAUUUGAGGGAAGGCUGGGGUUUAGCUGUCCUGUUGGGACUGCCAUGUUGGUGCCCAGGAAGAUGUUGAUAGAGUUCAUCUAGCGCAGGUAGGGCUGAACAUGUCCGGAGUAUGAAAUACUGGAGCAUAUUUGGCAGUUACAAGAAGCUUUAUGUGAGAUAUAAAGAGUAAAUUAUAAAUUUCUUAUCAUGUAACGUUAUACAUCUAUUUAUUUUGACCAGUUCAUUUAUGGGACGUUCAUCCAAAGACGUUCAGAAACUUAUAUCUGUUUUUUUUUUUUUUUUUCUUUUUCUGUUUGCAUCAUAAUGUUGUCAGCCUAAUCUUCAAUGUUAAAGGGGCGUACAGACGGUUCGUUUGCAGGGUCUUUCUUUAAGAUUGGUCAGUGCAUUUGGUCAUUUAACAUUCCAUAUCCCACCCAUCACACACUUUCACACUCUCUGUCGCAUCACACAGUUCCUAUAUGUCCAUACCAUCUCAACUCCCAAGAGGACAUUUUAUUCUGAAAGAUCCCUUGGGUUCAUCAAAAUAGUGAGGUGAUCAUUUAAAAUAAAUUCGACUAAAAUCAAAAACUCUCUCCCAAGCUUAAAAUAUUAAAGAAUGUCAAAUCAGAUGGUGCUGAUCCAUAAUUGCAUUUUUAGAGAUUGAAACAAGGACCGGUUUGAAUGCUGGGACUUACUUUGUUUCCAUUCCUUUAGAUAUUGUUUGCAGUCUGCAAUUCCUUCACAAGCUUUUUCUGAGUUUAACAGCCUUAGUUGAAUGUACAGGAUUGAGACCUCCAGUUAAUAACUUGUUGGUCAUUUCAUCACUCACUUGAUUCAAGUGUGAAUAGUGACUGAUGGUCCCACAGUUCAUGUUUAUUCAGAGUUUCAGACACAUUACACGUUAAGCUGCUGCUUUUGAGAGUUCAUAAAACGUUUAGGAUGCCUUUUGAGGUAGCAUUUUCUUUCGGUUCUAUGUUUAAAUUCAACAAACAUAAAAGGGAGAGGGAGAAAGCUGCGUGCAUCAGAUAUUCUUGGCAUUUUCCAUAUGACAACGUCUACUUAAUUUUGAUUUUUCCCUUUAUACUCAUCAGUCAAAACCACUUUUUUUCUCACAUGAUUUAAGUUAAGAUUGGCUUCUGUGCAGCCUCUCUGUCCAUACAUUCUUUCAGUCAUUCAUCCCUACCAAUGUGCCUUGGUAAAAUGGUAAAUCUGGAUUUGCUUCCGCACAAAACACGCCUGUCGGUGGAGCCUGGGUUCAUGUGCGAGAAUUCCAAAUCCCGUGCUCAAUACGACGCUGGUAUAUGCACCAUUUCUGUUACUUUUUGUAUACACUGAUCGAGCAAGGGUGACGCUGCAGACAAUGAGAAACUGCACAACAACACAGCUGGCAAUAAAGGAAAAGUGCUACAACUGGUUAAUAAGAAUCUGUUUUCUGGAGCUUUGACUGGGGCAUCUUUAAUUGUUCAGUGUUUAACAUCUCUCAAUUGUUUGAAAAAUAAAAUGAUCUAAAUCUUCAGCUAA